UGAGAGGCCAAAGGGCUCUUCAUUUGUCGCCAGCAGUUCUCCAUUACAGCACCACCACUCUUCCACCUAAAAACAAAGCAGCCAUGGCAGAGAGACGUAUUCCUUUCACCCUGCUCCGCACCCCAAGCUGGGACCCAUUCCGUGACUGGCACCAGAGCCGUAUCUUCGACCAGGCCUUUGGCAUGCCGGCCCUGCCUGAGGAUUUUGCCACAUUCCCAAGCACCCACUGGCCAGGAUACAUGCGGCCUUCGGCCCUUGCCCCAGACAUGAGCGCCAUGAUUCCCCACGCCCCCAUGAUGUACCCCGGUGCCAUGAUGUCUCCCAGUGCCAUGAUGUCCCCACAGGCUCGUGCCCUGACCCGCCAGAUGAGCAGUGGCAUUUCAGAGAUCAAGCAGACCUCAGACAACUGGAAGGUGUCCCUGGAUGUCAAUCAUUUCUCGCCUGAGGAGCUGGUGGUGAAGACCAAGGAUGGUGUGGUGGAAAUCACUGGCAAGCAUGAGGAGAGGAAGGAUGAGCACGGUUUUGUAUCGAGAAACUUCACCAGGAAAUACACCCUCCCCCCUAACACUGAUGUUGAGAAGGUGACCUCCUCCCUGUCUCCUGAGGGGUUGCUGACCAUUGAAGCUCCUUUGAUCAAACAGGCCAUCGAGUACUCCGAGACCACAAUACCUGUCAACAUGGACAACAAAAGUAGCGUGGUGAAGAAGUAGACAGAAAAGCAACACACUAUCUUCCACAUACACACACACACAUUCACAUGUUCAAGUAAACACUUUACUUUGACAAACUGCUUCUAGAAAGGUGAGGCAGCAGCUUAUUGCCUCCUCAGAUGUAAGCGUUUUACCUUAAAGCAGCCUUCUUCACAAGCGAGGGGUUGCCCUCACUCUUCUCUCUCUCCUCCAUUUUUGGUAAUGAGCCGACCCCAGCUGAGCGCACUGUGUAAACACAUCUGCACCAGUGCCAUAUGCCUGCUCUUUCUGCGGUAAUUACACUCUUCAUCUGAAUGUAGGAAAUCUCAGCUUGGCCCCUCUCACAGUCUUCCCUCUCACUUACACACACACACACACACGUACACACCUUCCUCAUUUCUGUUGAGUGAAUUCCCCUUUCAUGCCUCUCCAGACACACUAAACAUAACAGCAAAGCGGACUGUAAUAGCAGUGAUCUUGUAAAUGAUGGUGCCAAGGUCCCAGGAGAGCAUACACACCACCACCUUGAAUGCAAACAGUGGUCUCCUUGGACUGGAAAUAGACUGGUUUCAUCAGCAUUUGCCUUUGGAAACAAACUAUUCAGUCCUGCAAACAGAAUAAAGAACAAACAA